UGUUUCCUCAGGGGAAAAAAAGGUGCCAUCAUGAACGACAGAGUUCAGAAACCCGGUGUCGCGAACAGUGACAACAAGUGUUACUCGUAUCUUGCGCGAAUGUUUCGUUGUUCUCGACAAGAUUCGCAGGAAGAUGCGAAUGUGGGAAUUGCAGAUACCCCUCAAACCAUGGAUGCGAGUGCGGGGAUUGAAGAUGAUAACCCUCAAGCUGCGGCAUUGUUAGACCGAACACCGCCGCCGAACGUUAACCCUGAAAUCUGGAGAAACCUUCCGAGUCCGAGAAGCAUGAGGAAUUGGAAAACUGCGGAUGGAAUGUUGCGAUGUUUGGAGCAUCCUGGUGGUUCAGCGGCUUUUAGGGAUUUCCUUGAGAAGAACCACUACAGCAAUGCCGUGAUAGCAGUUCUUGGAUUUGUCCUGAGAGUCCAGAAUUACAGAGGAGCAUUUGCGUCCACAAGACAAGCUUCGGCUAAUGAAAUUUUCAACACUUAUUUGUCAUCCACUGCCCAAGACCAGAUCGAAAUCAAUGAUUUAACCGCUAUUAGAAACGCUCGAACAGCCAUCAAUGCACAAGACUUCCGUGAUGAUCUUUUCGACACACUCGUCAGAGAAGCCAUAUCCUCUGGAGAUCUUCAGAACGCAUUCAGAUUGUUCCUGAAUUCAGACCUCGUGGAUUAUGCUACAGGGCGAGGGCAGAGUUGUGUGCCGAGUGAACGAACCCGAAUGUUGGCGUCGGAAUGAAGCGAUCCAUCAUGCAGUGUCGUAUUCCGAGAAAACAUUUUGUGGUGAUGUGAUUCCUUCUCUUUGAUAUCGUCGUUCAACAGAGCUGUCUGGGUUGUAUUAUUGCAGGUAAGGGGCAUUGUUGCGAAAUAUUUUCUGAUGGACAGUCGUGUGAGAUGAUGAUGACGAAGCAUGAACAGGGAUGGGUCUCGUUAUAAUUGCGGGGAUCCUUCUGAGUUUGAAGCCAAUUGAUGACCAACGUGUCAUUUGACGUGUUUCUAACGAAAUGUGCCUUGUAGACGCUGGAGUACGCAUGAAACGGGACAAAGAAUGGGAAGUUUACAGCGACAUCUACAUUUCAAAAAUGUGGCGUUAAAAUUUCAAUACCCUUCGUAUUCAGGUCCUCGAGGACGAGAUGUCAAUCAUUGGCGUUGAAUUCGUGGGAUCUCCAAGCUAGCUUGUGAUGAUCGCAGUUCUUAAAAACAUCCUUAUUGAAACUUUCAAUCUUCGAACUGUUGGACAUUUUUUUGUGUUACCACUUUCUUGGGGAAUUGUUUACGUGGUGUAUAGUUUUGUAUAUCAUGCAUUUCAAGCCGUUCGACCGGCGGAAAAUAAAUUAAGUUGAUUUUCGAAA